AUACCCGCUGUUGGCUACAGUAUCCGAUGACGGAACAGCAAUGGUCUACUACGCAAGGAUACACGUAGAUUUAUUCAAGGAUAAUGAGAUUUAUCCAGUAAAGAGGCUGAGAGGCCAUACAGUGGUGGAUGGUCUUUCAAUGCUGGAUACGGUAUGGCAUCCCACUCAGCCAUGGCUGAUCACUGCAGGAGCCGAUGGGACGAUAGCUUUGUUUAGUUACUA